AUGGCAUCUAGUCUUCCAAACUGGGAGCUUCCUCCCAGAUAUCAGCUCACUCGAAAGAUUGGGCAAGGCACAUAUGGAUCUGUCUGUGAAGCUAAUGAUCUCCAAACUGGCGAAAAAGUGGCUAUCAAAAGCAUCAAAGCUCUUUUUGAUCAACAAGUUGUUGCUACUAGGAUGCUAAGAGAGAUUUCGAUCAUGAGAUCCUUAAAUCACCCCACAAUUAUAAAAAUCAAGAAAAUUUUGAUGCCUUCGCAACCAGAAUUCUUUAAUACUGUUUAUAUUGUGAUGGAGCAUGCAGAUAGUGACCUUAAAAAACUUGCAAGAUCCUCUACAUUCCUCGAUCACACUCAUGUAAAAUUCUUGAUGUAUCAAGCUAUUUGUGGGUGUCGAUAUAUGCAUUCAGCAAAUAUUUUUCACCGCGAUAUCAAGCCAGGAAAUAUUUUAAUAAACUCAGACUGCUCGCUUAAGAUUUGUGACUUUGGUCUUUCUAGAAGUUAUCAAGGACUGAAUAAAAGCUUCCAAAAUGCUGCAAAUAAUCAAUUGGAGUCCAAUGAGAUAGCAGGGAGAGAAAGAGACUUUAAAAAAGUAACCAAAAGAAUUCUUACUGAUCAUGUUGCGACAAGAUGGUAUAGAGCUCCAGAAGUGAUUUUACUUGAAAAAGAAUAUGGAAAGGAAAUCGAUAUAUGGAGUCUUGGUUGUGUCUUUGCAGAACUGCUUGGAAUGAUUUCAGAUAACAUUUCGCAGUAUUUAGAAAGAGCUCCUCUUUUCCCUGGAAAAAGCUGUUUCCCAUUAUCGCCUGACCCCAGUGCAACUAAUCAAAGGGGAGGAUACCCAUCCUCUAAUAAUGACCAGCUAAAUAUGAUUUUUAGGAUCAUAGGAACUCCAUCAGACGAUGACUGCUCUUUUAUAUCAGAUCCAAGAGCUUUAAAUUAUGUUAGAUCUUUUCCAAUUAAUGAGCCUGUUGACCUUCGUGAAUUGUAUCCUGGGUCAACUCCUGAAGAACUGAAUCUCUUAUUAAGACUUUUAACUUUCUCGCCGAUAAAUCGAAUUACCUUAGACCAAGCUUUAGAGCAUCCUUAUUUUCGUGAUAUAAGGCGCCCUGAGUUAGAGAGCUUAGCUAGUGUUCCAGCUGAUUUUAUCUUUGAUAGAGAAGAAGAUCUAGAUAUGCAAACACUCAGAGAUCUUUUUAGAAGAGAAAUUGAAAGGUAUAACGAUAAUUAA